GCGAGGUUUGUGACUGGUGUUCCUGCAGUGCCGCCGUGGCCGCUCUGGUUCUACCUGUCCUUUUACACUUCUGGCAAAGGAGGCAAAGGUUGUUUUCCCUCCCUUGAAGGAAGAGGGGAAUUGUCCAGAUCAGGGGACCCUGCGGCAGCGAUCACAAUCGCAGGGACGCGAUGGUUUGCGGCGGCUUCUCUUGUUCCAAAAAUUGCCUCUGUGCGCUCAACCUGCUUUACACGUUGGUCAGCCUGUUGCUGAUUGGAAUUGCAGCUUGGGGCAUUGGCUUUGGCCUCAUCUCCAGUUUCAGGGUUGUUGGAGUCGCAGUGGCAGUUGGAAGCUUUCUGUUCCUGAUUGCUCUGGUGGGACUGAUUGGAGCCAUCAAACACCCGGUCCUGCUUUUCUUUUAUAUGAUUAUACUCUUGCUAGUGUUUGUUAUACAGUUCUCCGUCUCAUGUGCUUGUCUGACAUUGAAUAAAGAACAGCAGAGCAAACUUCUAGAGGUUGGGUGGAACAACACAAACAAUGCAAGGCAGGAUAUUCAGCGGAAUCUAAAAUGUUGUGGCUUCCAUAAUGUCAGUGAUGAUACAUCUUGUUCUGCUGAAUGUUUUGAAACACAGACCUGUAAACCCUGUGCACCUAUAAUUAAGGAAUAUUCUGAAAUGGUCUUAAGAUUUGUAGGAGGCAUUGGUCUCUUCUUUAGUUCACAGAGCAAGAUAAUAUACAAAUUAGCUCAGAUCUUAGGAGUGUGGCUCACUUACAGAUACCGGAAUCAGAAAGAUCCACGUGCAAAUCCUAGUGCAUUUCUUUGACCUGGAAAUGUUUUCUGGGGCUAAACAUUUUUUCGACUGUGGUUUUAAAAAGCUGAAUUCUCCACUGAUCUGUCUACUCUCCAUGUUAAUUGGGGACAUCUGCUUUUGAGAUAAGAAUACAGAUCUAGAACUGCUUUUCAUCCUGUUUUCUAGUGUUCUUUGAAGGAACUAGUCUGAAGUGCUUGCUGUCAAUUGUAUAACUAAAUAGAAUAUGAAUUCUGUAGGAAUGUAGUGACCCAGUAGAAUUAUUCAUGUUAUUCUUCUCUCAAUGGGUUGGUGUUACUUUUAAUUUAAAGAAGGAUUUAUUUGGUCUUAUAAUGUAUUCCAUUUGUCAGAAUUUUUUUUCAUUGAUCUAUUUUUUCCUCUUUUUUGAAAAACUAAUUUAUUGGCUUCAGUGCAUUUCAUUUGAAAUAUGUUAAAGAAAUUGUCCUUUUGUUUCUGAUACUGUAUUAGUUCAGAAGAAAUCCCCUCAAAUAAUCACUGGACAAUUGAAAACUCAUAAUUUUUUAAUGAUUGGGGUUACACCUUAUCAACUCCUCUCCAUUUUUGGAUUUGUUUUAAGAUAUACAUGCAAAUUAAUUCAGUAUUGGCUAUAUAAAUAGUGAUUCUGGUUUCAUCCCAAGAACAGAUUAUGUCUAAAUGUCUUGAUUUACCUCAGCUCUAAAAGACAUAAAAUCAUUUGACAGGCAUGGUUGGAUAUUGUCCAACAUUAUGAUUUUCAGAAGGUUAAAUAUCAGGGUUUUUUUGUGCCCAGUAUAUGAUCAUAGUAAGAAAGAAAGAUAAAUUUUCACAGUAUACUAAAAUUAUGCAAGUUGUGUAACUUAAAAUGAUAAAUGGGGAAGCAUAGUGUGUAGUUGGCUUGUCAU